AUGAAUCAAGAGGUCCCCGAUAACCCAUUCCAAUUACCGACUUCACUAUCAUCCGAGUCCUCCGACAAGAACACCUCUUCUGCUCCUCCUAGAAGGAGGCUGAAGAUCGUCUCAAGACGAAAGUCUGUUGAUGAUAGUGAACCCAUGUCGUUAUCAUUUCUCAAGAAACCGGCAAGAAAUAAUUCCGUGGAUCAGACUCAUGUCAACGAACAAUUAGUUCGACAAAACACUUUCCAGAACCGCAAACCAUCACAAGGUUCCGAUUCAUCUGAUGACCCAAAUGCGGGCACUCAGGCUGAUAAUUCAUCCAUACACUCUUCAUCUCCAGGAUAUCUCUCCCCGCUAGUUCGAAAACGAAGUGGAGAAUUGGUCAAGUCAUCUCUCAAAUUAAACCAUCUACCACGGCCCAAAUCUCUACCUUCAACGCCUACUUUCAAGCAAGUCCACUUCAAUUUUGGAAAUGACAUGGUGGAUGUCCGCUACUUUGAUGAAAAGGAGAGACCCACCGCUGUGUCCGCUACUAGUUCACCGAGCAUCAACAAGACGUAUCAUUACGAAAACUUCAACGGCCUAUUUGAUCAAGAAACUCUUAAUUGGAAGUUGAAUAAUAACAAUUUAAAUGGUAGGGGCAAAGCUAUUUUUUCUGCAUAUUACGGUGAGAGUGACAGCGACGAUAACGACGACGAGAUAGAUCCGGACGACGAAAGCGAUACCGAAGACCUUAAGGUCUUCAGAAAGUAUUACGAUCUUGAACUAGACAAUUUUCCAAAGUUUUCAUAUUCCGAUAACGUUGAUAAAGAAAGUUCAGUUUUCGUUGAACGAUUAUUCCUGAGCCCUGAUAAGCGUUAUCUUAUGGGACAAAUCGCUGUUAAGAAUCUCAGUUAUGAGAAAACAGUGGCAGUCAAAUAUACUGUUGACGGGUGGAAAACUCGUGACAGCGUCCUUGCCUUUUAUGUUCCAGAUUUACCAAGACGAUUGCGUAAGGCUGGAUAUGAUAGAUUCAUUUUUAAAGUCACCGUCGCAACUCUGCUUCGUAAGUUUAACUUUGCAAUUGCUCAAGACGGUUCGACCGUCACCAUAGAGUUAUGUGUCAACUAUUCUACAGCUGGCUGUGAAUAUUGGGACAACAAUUCUAAUAGAAAUUACAUUGUCAAGUUUGUUAAGCACGCAACCCAGACCAAGAAAUUACCAAAGCCUCCCCCAGACUCAAAAUUUAGAAGAUCUAGAAACUAUGCGAACAAUGGAGCGGUGGAACAUGCGACUGGUGCUAAGAGUGGCAAGGUUACAUCACCUUUGAACGACGAGAAUAUGAGUUACGAUGAAACGUUUACCCUUUCCUCAUUGCCGCAUACUAAAUCGUUGGCAAGUUCCCCAGGAACUCCUAGAAUUGAAUUUAAAAUGAACAACACGCCCAAUUUUAAUGAUUUGCAAAGUUCUUCGAGUUCUCCUGGAGCUACUCGAGAAUAUCCUGAGUUAGAUAUCACCUCCAAGUUGAAGGAUACCAAUUUGAAUGGACUUAAAAGAAACAUUAAAAACAUUCCCAGCUUUUUGAUCGACCCGAAGGCUUCUCUGCUUGAUCCUACAUCAUCUCCAAGGGAAAUAGGUAAUGUAACAAUUGGGGAAGGAGGCUUUGAAACAACAAAUUCGGCGAAUGAUUUGGAUUCUAAAGCCGCCAGCGCUGACCAAUCUAAUGAUGCAGCAUCUAGCACUGCCCCUGCGCCGCACGCCACAACUUCAAAAGGCAAAGAGUUUGAUUCUGAAAGCUACAAGAAGCUUUUGGAAAGUUACUGUUUUUUCAAGAGCAGUACUCCUGUUUCUUCAUUUCUGGGUGAGCAAAUCAAUACACCGUUCAAGAAGGAUGACUUAUGA